ACUUUGUUUAGAUUGUUUAACGAGAAACGUACUUAUAACAAAGUUAUAAUAAUCGGUGGAUCGGUGUAAAAAUGAUAGGCAGUGCGUUGGAAGAGUGGAAAGAGCUCGCCGAUGACUUCAAAAUACUGGAGGAAACGAACGCUGAAUAUCUGAAGAAAGUGAAGGAAUUGAUGGUACUGCAGGAAAAAUGCCAGAAGCACAUCCAUCACCAGAGAUACAGGAUAAAAGCGAUAAGUAAAACGCUGAAUAACGCAUCAGAUAGCGAAGCCGAGGAUUUAAAGGUCGGCAUGCUCAAAAGGGAAAAAGCAUUAGAAGACAUUGAGCAAACCUUGCCCAGAAAAAGCGACCGGUUUAUGUUGAAGCUGAUUUUGGGAAAUAUCGACGUGUCGUUCUUAAAUAAAGAGAAUAAAUUCAAAUACAAAGAAGAUUACGAAAAUUUUAAGCUAUUAUCGAAUUUCGUGGCUUUGUUUAUGGUGGUGUUGUCGUUAAACAUGAACUUCCGACCGUUAGAACAAUUGUUCAUGGGAUUCUUGAUAUGGUAUUACUGCACUAUAUCGAUCAGAGAGAGCAUUCUUAAAGUGAACGGUUCGAGAAUAAAGGGCUGGUGGAGGGUGCACCAUCUUCUUUCGAUUUUAAGUUCCAGUCUGUUCCUCAUUUGGCCCAACAACGAACCAUGGGCUCUAUUCAGGAAGCAGUUUCUCUAUUACACCGUAUACAGCGCCUUUAUGCAGUAUCUACAGUUCAAAUACCAGAAAGGCACUUUGUACAGACUCAAGGCGCUGGGCGAGAUGCAAAACAUGGACAUAACCUUGGAGGGUUUCCAAUCGUGGAUGUGGAAAGGGCUCGCCUUUCUUCUGCCAUUUUUAUUCAUCGGGUACUUAUUCCAGCUGGUCAAUGCAGUGGUUCUGUUCAAUUUGAGCUACCAUUCGCAAGCUUCUUGGGAAAUAACGGCUCUAGCGGCGAUUUUUCUGGCCUUCUUCAUCGGUAACACGUACACCACUCUCAUGGUUAUACCCAAUAAGACCAAAAGGAAAUUGAUGAUGAGAUACAAGAUUUUUACUGAUAAAAUUUACGAUGCAGUUCAAUUGAAAAAUAAUCAUCAGAAUAAAGACUAAUAAUUUUGUAAUAUCUUUAUUAUCUUAUAAAAACAUGUAUGAUCUCUACUUAUUAUUGUAUUAGAUAAAAACUAUAAAAUUGCAUUAUAAAAUCGUUAAAACAUAUUACUAUUAAUUAGUAUUUACUCGUAUUUCUUCUUAA